UUGUAAAGUAAAUCUAGAGGCUUUAAGGAGCAAUAUUCUGAAAUAACAAAGAUAUGAAGUACGACUUCUAUGUGCAGUUUUUUGUACUAUCUUGCCCACAGACAAAACAAGACUAAUAUAUGGGAACAAUAUAAGUAUUGAAAACAUUUAUUUAUAGUAAAAAAUUGUACAAGUUUAGAUAAUCUCAGGUAUUGUAUAAAUUACAUAAAUCUGUCAAAAGAGCAUGGUGCGCGCAUGCGCGGUCGAUGUGCUAUUUCUUUUUCCAUCAGUUUUCUCUCUCACACGACAAUCAGCUGUUCUGUCAACAUGGCCACCCUAGGUCGUACGUCUAGCAAAUUAUUGAAAAAAUUAAACGUUUUGCCCAUUUUUAAUCGUGAUAUAAGUUCAGUGAGUUACAAAAAUGUCCACAAGACGGCAUGGACCACAUGUGCGUGUGUGUUCGGAGGUGCUAUUGUUUUAUACGUCGCGAAUAGAUCGUACAACCGGACAAGCACCGUAUAUGCCUUGAAAACAAAGCAACCGGAGGAGUUAUCGAAGUCCGUGAAACUGACGUCACGAGAGCGUCGGUUUAUAAAGUUCGCGAGCGCGGAGCACGGCGGCCAACUGUACAUGACGCCACAAGACUUCCUCGAGUCCGUCGUCGAGCAGGAACCUAGACCUCGUCUGAAAAGGCGUGUGCUGACGACGAAGGAAAUCGAACAACUACGCGACCACACGCCGCCGCUCAAGAAAGGCUCCUCGCAGAUGUUCCGAAACAUGAGGGACAAGGGUAUCAUUUCGUACACUGAAUAUCUAUUCCUGUUAUCGAUAUUGACCAAGCCGGCGUCAGGUUUUCAAAUAGCGUUCAACAUGUUCGACACGGACGGCAACCAAAGAGUAGAUAAGAACGAAUUUCUAGUCAUCCAGCGUCUGCUCGGAGGCUCACUGAAGGAGCGCAAAGAUUUGGACCCGCACAGCCAGCAGGCACUGCUUACCUUAGUAUCUACAAGUGCAUUGAAGAGCAAACUGGAGCAAAAAGAAAAUGUUUAUAAACCGUCUACAAUGGAGAAGAUCUUCAGCUUCGCGUGGAAGGGCAAAAGGGGUAUCGGCAAUGAGCAGGAGGAGGGCAAAGACGACAAAGGUAACGGGCCUCAAGACACGUACGUUAACGACGACCAGGGCUUGCAGCGUAGGCACAAUGUCGAUACAUUCUUGCAGGUCCAUUUCUUCGGUAAGAAAGGCACCAACGAUCUCAAAUUCGAAGGCUUCCGUCAGUUUAUGGAGAACCUGCAGACUGAAGUUCUCGAACUUGAGUUCCACGAGUUCUCUAAAGGUCACGAAACCAUAUCCGAAGUGGACUUCGCUAAGAUAUUACUCCGAUAUACAUAUUUGGAUACAGACGAGUAUGAUAUGUAUUUGGAUCGACUGUUGGAUCGCGUGAGAGAUGAACGUGGAGUUACGUUUGACGAGUUCAAGACUUUCUGCCAAUUUCUCAAUAAUUUGGAGGAUUUUACUAUCGCUAUGCGGAUGUACACGCUCGCUGAUCAUCCCAUCUCGAAAGAUGAGUUCCAUCGCGCGGUUAAGAUCUGCACAGGCGUGUCGCAGUCGGAGCACUUAGUGCGUACCGUGUUCGCCAUCUUUGAUGCGGACGGCGACGGCUUGCUCAGCUACAAAGAAUUCAUCGCCAUUAUGAAGGACCGACUGCAUCGCGGAUUUAAGUCUUAUGCAAAGAACGAAGGCUGGGAAGCGUUCAAGACAUGCGUCAAACAAGAGAUGAAGAGCGCAGUUUAGAAACUGACAAAUUGCGCGCCAAAGUAAUGCCAGAUUCACACUUGGAUAGACAGUUGCGCCAGUUAGCGUUCACACUGUACCAUUGAUUGACAGUCCAGUAAUAUUCGCUACUGACCAACUGUACUGGCCAAGUGUAAACCGCGCAUUACGCUGUUUUAAACGAUACGCAGCAAAAUGCAGAUCUCAAUUGCAAAUGUCAUCACAAUUUUAAUUUAUUAUCGUAUAAUUUACUUUAAAUGUAAAAUGUCUCGAUUAUUUUAAAUGUAGAUUUUGACAUGUUCUUUCGUUUUAUUAUCUGUCUAAAGAAAUUAAAAUUAAAAACGGAUUUCGUGAUCUGCUUUCGUCGUUGUUACCCAGUGUUUUAUUUACAAAGAAUAUAGAAUUAAGUGCAUUUUUUACAAUGGUUGUCAAUAACAAAGUGAGAUUUUUUAAUUUGUUAAAUAAUUAUAUUGUGUUUGUCUCUAUUAGUUAUCUAUAAUUAACUUUUUUAAUACUAAAAACCGCUGUUUAAUUUAUUUUUAGUUGGAUUAAAAUUAAGAACAACUUUUUUAAAAGGAGGGAAACUGGCUGAAUGAGUCAGAAAUUUAUUCGGUUUGCUUUUUUUUGCAAAUUCUAACCUUACUAAUUAUGUGGCUGAGCCAUGCUUAACGCUUGCCUUUGGGCUUUUGAUAAAAAAAAGUAAAGUCAAAUCUAAAUGCAUAGAUUAGUCAUUUUAUAUUAGAAUUUAGAUCUACAUUUAUGUAAUUCUAUAGCUGUGCAUUGGAAUAAUUAAAUAAAAACACAUUUUAUUAUAAUGGUAAAGAAAUGCUGUGUUUUGGUUCCUUGCUUUUAGGUUUUAUUCUUUUUCAACAACAGUUAAUGUAAAACGUUAAAUGUAACCUCUAUAGAGACAUAAUACUUUGGUACUUAUUAUUUACUCGUUUUUGCUAGUCAUUCGCAUGAAACGUAUUGUUAAAUUUUAUUUUUAGGCCAAUUUAUUAGCUUACGUUGUUGAUAGCAUUUUGAUUUGUGUGAUAACUAACUUGUUUGUUUUAUAAAAUACGUUGCAAUUUUAAAAUGUUACCAGUAUUCAAGUACAAAAUAAUUAACUUAAAACCAGCAUAAUUAUGUUCAAAAUAAAAGAUUCGAGUCCUAAAGUAUAAUUUUAUUUCAUAUUACAUCCUGUGCGAUUUCGUCAGCAUAAAUUAUUUUAUUCUUUACAUGUGUCAAAUUGUCAAUUGCAAAUGUCAAAUUGAUAUGACAUGACAAA